CUUUUUUGUUUUGUUUUUUUUUGUCUCUAUAGAAUAAUGACAGUUCAACUUCCUUUCACUCGUCUUGCUCACCACCCUACGAAGCCCCAGCUUGUCCUAGCUAAUGGACAACACUACAUGGUUUUGAAUAGCCAAACAGGUGAAUUAAUCAAAUCCUAUCCUAAAGAAGACACACUCGAUAGCGUGACAGAUCAUUUUCGUUGUGUUGCAUUUAACAAGGACGGCUCUUUGUUAGCUACUUCUGGUGAAAACAAAGAAAUUUGUGUAUGGGAUACCAAUGAUUGGUCUUUAAAGAAUACAAGACCUGCUUACAAACGUGUCAAUGCACUUCGAUUUGAUAAUGCUUCUACACAAGUUGUUAUUGCUGAUAAGUUUGGCGAUGUUUAUUGUCAUCCUAUUGAAGAGAUUGUCAAUGAAGAAAAAUUGAAACCCAUUGUAGGCCAUGUCUCCAUGGUGACAGAUAUGCUUUUGACGCCUGAUGAAAAAUACGUGAUUACUUCUGACCGCGAUGAACAUAUUCGAGUCAGCCGUUUCCCCAAUGGCUAUAACAUUGAAUCCUUUUGUUUGGGUCACACAGAUGUUGUCACUUGCAUUGAUCUUAUUCCUUGGAAGACAGACGUUUUGGUGUCUGCCAGUGGCGAUGGCACUGUUCGUCUUUGGAACUUUGUCUCGGGUGAAUGUUUGCAAGUGAUUGAUUUGAAAGAACACAUUGAAGCUUAUAAACCACCUGCUUCUGAUGCUAAUUCUGAAGAUGCUAUUAUCAGUGCUUUAAGUUUUGACAGUGCUUCUCAAACACUUGCUGUUGCUUUUGCUAAAUCACUUGCUGUUCUCUUGUUGAACUACAACCAAGACACAUUUGCUUACAAACAAACACUUGUUGUUUCUUCACCUGUGUUAGACAUCACAUUUGAUGUAAACAGCCAACUCUGGUUGUCCUUAGACAGCCAAGAACAACGCAUCACAUUGGCAACUUUAAAUGAGGAACAAUGGGCUGAAAACAAGGAAAAUGAUGCUUUGAAACACAUCAACACCACUCAAGUGUGUCAAGCCAAUAAGGUCUUUGAUCUUUAUACCAUUUUUGGUCUUCGUAAAUUCUUGGAUCUUCCUGAACAAAAUGAAGAAGAAACCAAGAAUAAAAAGAGAAAGACUGAAUAAUAACAAUAAUAAUAAAAACUCUUUUAUUCAUG